AUGGUUCCCAGACAAGCUCCCACUAUCACGGGCACCCCGCCUACUCCAAUUGAGCCCCAAGAGAAGCGAAGUCUUCGAUCUCGCUCAUCGCAAUUUCUUGACACAUUUGUCCAAGAGGCUCGGAGUCGGUCAUCCUCAGCAUCGAGCAGGCACUCAAAAUCUUCAGAUGGCGUCAAGGAUGUCAUUGCAAAUCUCGGCCUGGCUGCAGGCACCGUCGGCGCAGAACACAUCAAACCACCAGGUCCUAGUGAUGAAGAUAUGUUGGAAGGAGUAAGGGUGUUCCUGAGCGGUUUCCAGAACAUCAUAAGACGCGCAAAGGCAGGACAUGGGGACAAUGUGGAGAUAAUCGAAGUUGACGACGAUGCCAAAUCUGUACACAAUCCACAUCCUAUCACACAGGCUGAACGAAAUCCAUUUGGUACUUCCACCGAUGAAAAUGCAGACCAGGCGUCGGCGGCGGAGCUUCAAGAGACAGCUCCAGAGGCCAAUUCAACAUCCCACAGGGAGAGAAGAGAAUCAUACCCUCGAUUCAGCUCAAUGUAUCGUGAAGCGAGUUUUGGGGAAUUCGUAGAGGACAUCCAGCUUGAGAAAGGCAGUGGAGAGAAAAUGCCUGGCCGCGCUCGACUCGAUACAGGCAUGACUCGCAAUGCUGUUAGCCAUUCUGUAGCGCUGAUGCUUGGAUACCCGAUCGAAGAAUACACUGGCGACCCCUGCAUUGUGGCUGACGGAACCGAGUUCUCUCCGCUUGGACAAGUCGUUCUACCGUUCCACUUCGUCAACUUCCAAACCGCCAAAACCUGGCAUAUAGAGUUCAUCGUCUUUCCGGAUGAGUCACCCUUUGACGUCUGCUUGGGGAGGCGGUUCAUCUCACAAGCAAACUUGUUGAAGCGCAAUCCAGAAGCUCUUCCGGUUGCCUUCGGCCACAAGAAGUCUAGCGAACAACAAGACAUUCGAAUCAGAACAUAUCAAGCCGAUUACAGGAGUGGCCAUACAAAGGAGAAGCAAGACGAUAGAUACGUCGACCGCAGGAGCUACAAAACUACUAGCGGUAGCGGUAGAGUCAAGGAUUCGAAAAAAUGGGAUCCCACCCACGAUAAGCAGAAGGAUGGCCCAACAGAAGAUCUGACGGAAGAUGAGCCGGUAGCCACCAGCGACAACAAAACAUAA